AUGCCACCUCAGGACGCAGUACAGGGGCACGUCCAAGGGUUCCGCUCUGUCCACGAGAGCCAGCCACCUUCCACCACCACUGUCCCUCUCAAUUCGCCCAAAGUAGUCCAUAUCGAUUGCUACACUGACCCCGACACCAACAGGGACUUUAUCCUCUGGGAAGACAUCCAACAGGCGUUCAGUGAGGCAUUGUCGGUCAGGAACAGGACAAAGGUGCUCCCCUUUGCGAAAGGAAAAGACCUCAGAGCCCUUGAACCACGGCAAAUCACCGCUGUACCGGAUGUCGUUUUGGAUGUCGUCGUGGGCCCUGCAGAAUACAACCACAUGGACGUCCCAGCAUCCGUAUCUCAUCGUCGAGGACCCCAGACCGUUCAUGAUGAGCACAAAGACGACAGUAGCAAUGCACCGGCCGAGAAAGGCCACCAGCCCAAAGCCGUCACCAAGAACUUGCUGGACCCUCAGGACUAUGAUGCUGCUGCUGACAUGAGCCUCAUGCAGACGAUGAUCAAGGCCAAUUCUGGGGAUGUCCAGGCCCAGGUCGCUCUUGGGGAUCGAUACAACGAUGGCCGAGAGGUGUACCAGAAUUGCGAUGCGGCCUUGGACUGGUACCUUAAGGCCGCUGAACAACAUCAUCCGCGUGCCCUGUUCAACAUCGGUCUCUUGUACGAUCAAGGUCAUAAUGGCGUUCCUCAGGACAAUGCCAAGGCCUUCGAGUGGUUCCUCAAAGCUGCUCUCCAAGGCUAUGCCGAUGCCCAAGUAAAAGUAUCCCAGGCGUAUACCGAUGGCGCCGGCGUCCCACAAGAUAACAUUGAGGCGAUGGAGUGGUCGGUUAAGGCAGCUGAGAAUGGUCAUGAAGGGAUGCAGUACAACAUGGGGGCUGCAUACGAAAAGGGCCAGGGUGUUCCUCAAUCUGACUCCAGAUCCUUUGAGUGGUACCUCAAGUCUGCCGACCAAGGGUUCACCAAGGCCCAGGAGCGAGUUGGUGCUGCGCUCGAGGCUGGUCGGGGCGUCUCGCGGGACGGUCUCAUGGCCGUCGAGUGGUACACCAAAGCCGCCGAUCAAGGACUUCCGGUAGCUCAAUUCGCUCUAGGUCGCGUUCACAAACUAGGCCUCUGUGGUCUCCCUAAAAACCUGUCCAAGGCUGUGGACUGGCUCAUCAAGGCUGCGGUCCAGGGACACACCAGGGCUCAGUCCAUGCUAAAUGGGAUUUAUAACAACAGGAUGACAUGCGUUCCUGGCGUUACCCUUGACCUGGAACCUUAUUCUAAGAUCAGGGAGUGGUUUAUGAAUGCUGCUGACCAAGGUGUGGCGCAUGCUCAGGUCUGUAUGGGAGACAUGUACAGGAAAGGGUUCAGUCUCCGGAGAGACGAAUCCAAGGCCUUCCAAUGGUAUCUCAAAGCUGCUGAGCAAGGACACGAGGCUGCUCAGGGAAUUGCUCACCACAAGUAG